CGGUGUUCCAGUUCAUCCCAAAGGUGUUCAGUGGGGUUGAGGUCAGGGCUCUGCAGGACACUCGAGUUCUUCCACUCCAACCUUCACACACCAUGUCUUCAUGGAGCUCGCUUUGUGCACAGGGGCAUUGACAUGCUGGAACAGGUUUGAGUCUCUUACUGUAGUUCCAGUGAAGGGAAACUGUAAAGCUACAGCAUACAGAGACUUUCUAUACAGUUGUGUGCUUCUAACUUUGUGGCAGCAGUUUGGGGAAGAACCACAUAUGGGUGUGUGAUGGUCAGGUGUCCACAUACUUUUGGUCAAAAUUAUAUAUAUGAUCCUAGAAAUACUGUAUGUGAAUCCUUUCAGAAUGAUGUAGCAUUAUAGCAACUGAUUUUGUUUAUUUAAUUACUAUCAACAUAUUUUUAAAGUGUCUACAAAAGUGUGCGGGCAAAAGUUUACAUCCCCAACUGUUUAUGGGUUUAAAAAAAGGAAAAGAAAAAGCGCGUUCACGUGAGCCGUCACUCCCAAAACGUGCUCGUUCCUGCUUGCAUGCGUGAUGACGCAACACGUCAGCUUUUUCCGCUUUCCCUAAUUGGUAACUGACGGACGGUAAAGAUGGCGCCCAAGCCGCUCGUGUGUUUAACUACUAAGGAAAGAUGACGGUCAUAAGCACAGGAGCGUACUUUACAGCUGCGUCAUUGACGGUGUAGAGUUAGGAGAGUUUAGGACUAACACUUGAGCGGCUUGUUGACUUGUUAGAAAGCCAUUUUUCGGGCUGUAGUUGGUGCUGCUGCGCCCCAAUGGAGGACAUCAACUCGAACAUCAACGCGGACCUGGAGGUGCGGAAGCUUCAGGACUUGGUCAAGAAGCUCGAACAGCAAAACGAGCAGCUCCGGAGUCGCUCCGCUCUGCUGUCGACGUCCGGAGGCUUGGCGGCCAACGCUAGACCCCUGAGCGCGGGCUACGACUCGGCGCUGUCGGCGGGAGCGGUGGCGGUGGCGGCGGCGGCGGGGCUGGCGGGCUUCACCGGGGCGGGGUUCGGCGGCAUGCGGGGCUUCGGCGGAGCGGCGCCGCUGGAGAACUCGCGCUGUCUGAGCCCCAGGCGCUCGUACCAUGGGAGCUACGGGUCGCCUUAUGACUGCGACGCCUCUCCCGCUGCCACAAACACCGGCGGCGGCAGCAGCCCGUAUUACCACCGCGAGUCUGUGGACUACAGCGAGGACCGAGAGUCUUCUGUCCUGGACGAGGUGGAGAUCCUGGACCUGGAGGACAUGGACUGUCUGAACGAGGACGAAGACAGCUGGUUGUAUGAGGCAAAGCUGAACAGCCCUCUCCAGAAAGCACUCAGUCCGAUCGUGUGGUGUAGACAAGCCCUGGACAACCCCAGCCCUGACAUGGAGUCAGCCAAACGCUCCCUUCUCCACAGACUCGACCUCACCAUGACAGCGAAUAAGAGGCGGAGUCUGUACGGCAGUACCUACAGCCCUCAGGUGGCUUACGGAAGCUCGUGCAGUCCAAACGCAGCCAACAGCCCGUACAGCAGUGGCUUCAACUCCCCUUCCUCCACUCCCUCCAGAGUGCCUAUCGUCAAGCAACUAGUACUGCCUAGUAGCACAGGUUAUCAGCGUGGCUCAGUGGACAGAAACCCCCCAGCGGUGAGCCCUCAGUCGUCAGUGGACAGUGAGCUGAGCACUUCUGAGAUGGACGAGGACUCCGUGGGAUCUUCCACCACCUACAAGCUCAAUGAUGUCACCGAUGUGCAGAUUCUCGCCCGCAUGCAGGAGGAGAGCCUACGUCAGGACUACGCUGCAACAGCGUCACGCCGCAGCUCGGGCUCCUCGUGCCAGUCCCUGAGGCGUGGAACGCUCAGCGAUCAGGAGCUGGACGCACAGAGUCUGGAGGAUGACGAGGAGGCAGCGAUGCCCAUGGCCUACCACCACCCACCCAUCACGCGCUUUAGCCCCUCCCCUCGCGUCUCGCCCCGCGUCUCUCCUCGCCACUCUCCUCGCUCGCGUUCACCCGCUCGUGCCUCGCCACAGCCAAUCAUGAGCCGCCUGCAGCAACCCCGCCUCUCACUGCAGGGCCACGCCCAUGAGCCACACACAAACGCCAUCAAGAACGAAGAGAAAUUACGGCGCAGUCUUCCAAACCUAACACGUUCCAGCUCCGGCCCUGCUGCCGAACCUGUCAAAAACAGCCGCAGCUGCGAGUCCAACCUGCAAGUGCCAAACGGAUCCCCCCGACACCAGAGCCAGUCAGCCACAGCGCAGCACCAAAGGCUCUCCGGGCCGGCGCGCGCCUCCCCGAAACCCAAAGAGCGGCUGCAGAGCCCCACGUCUCUACGAGUUCCCCCUAGCAGUAAGUUGCGCACACCGGCAGCACCAUCACCUCUCGCCCUGCGACAGCCCAUGAAGGUGGUGUCUAAUCCUGGUUCAGUCACUACCACGCCCACUCGCUCUCUGGCCCCGCCUCGUAGUGCUCUGCCUCGCCCCAGCGGCCCUGCUGCCGGGGGUUUACCUGUGCCUCGCAGCAAACUGGCCCAGCCUGUGCGCAGGUCUCUGCCAGUUCCUCGCACUUACAGUGGUAUCAGGGAUGAGAGCUGGAGAGAGGGAUGCUACUGAGAAGCCUACAGCACAGAGACGGACUGUCCGACCUGGCACUUUACUGAUCGACACAAACGAGCAAGAGUUCCACUCUUACUAUCCCCAUACAAUCAGCGCUGAAAGGAAAUUCUCACAUCAGUGAGGAUACUCAUAUCAUGGCUGGCUGGAAAUCAGUGAAUGCCAAAGAACCUGACUGAGAUGUACACUUUCUGCCACAGGGCUGCGCUCACACUCCAACCGAACAGCUCCUACAGAGAGAACAGAUCGAACCCAUCUCUCUCUAAUAAACUAUUAAACAGCUUAUUGUCACGCUCUGCUUCUGCACCCUGCGAAGGAGACCCUUGACUAUCGCUACUUGCGUAUUAUUUUAUUUUCCCUGUAACGGGCCUGUUGCAAUCUUGUCCGGGUGGAAUAUUAUGUGAAACUAUUCUAAUGGUGUUUCACGAUGUGUAGCUUGAUGGCCAUCCCUUAAAAAAAAAAAAAAAAAAAUGGCUGUAUGGUGAUCAAACCCCUUAGUGUCUUUCAGCGGGAAUGUCUUGUCAUUUCUAUGUGACAAUUAUUUAUUUAGAGAUCAUUAUGUAAAAGAAAUUAUUUACAGAAUAUAUUCCGACUCAGUAUUUGCUUUUGUUUGGUUUUUUGCAUUUUUAGUUCUGAAUGUUAAUAUUAAUGUUAAACCUCAACUAUAAAGCUACGUUUCCAAAGCAUUGUUUUGAUGGAUCCAUGGCAAACUGGCUAUGUAUGUUUUAAAAGGUUUGAGUUCACUGGGUUUUAGUUAACAACUAUGAGAUUCACCAGGGUUGAUAUUUUUAUAGUUUUUCAGAUGUAACCUUGUAGAAUCAUGGACUGGAGGAUCAUGGGUAUUACUAUAUGUCCAAAUGCGUAGUACUCUGUGUCAUUGCCCAAACUGUGAGUGUAUCAUGUCCCAAUUUGGCAGUCAAAUUAUUGUAACCCAUUCGAUGUUGAACAUUAAGUGUUGCGAAAAGAGUCGUUUGUGCAUGUUACAAACGCUGAUGGAUGGUGAGUCGAUCCGUCUGUCUCCUGCUCAGGGGUGGGGGAGGUGGGAGGGGGUCAUAAAAUGGCAUUGUGACGUGUAGUGUGGUGGAAAAGAAAAUAAGUGAAAAGUGUUAUCAUUAUGAUCUCUGCCAUCAUGUUGAAGAUGGAAUUGAUUUAAAACCCAGUUUUUGACCAGUUUGAGGAAAAAAAAAAAUCUCUGGUAAUUUGGAUGCACAUUCAUGGUCACGGUCCAGCAACGGGAAGUGGACCAGCUACGGAAGCCUUUAAGGCGAUACAUGCACACAACGGGUCACCGCGUUAUUGCAGUGAGAGAUCAAGAAUAAACAAAACCGCACCUGAAUGGCAAUGCCACUUCAGACUGCGAAAGUUUUAAACAUGAGUGCCUAUAAUUUAUGAAAUUGUGAUUACUCUGGUGUCUUUGUUUGCAUUUUAUAAGUUUCAUUUUUUUGUGCCAACAGAGUUGAUUUUGCCAUUAUUAUUUGCUUCAGGGGUCUCUGCAUUUCUUUCUUGAGUUUUUGGCUGAUACAUUAUUAUUUUUUUGGUUUUUGUAAUUGCUUUGAUAACAUUUAUAUGUAUGUUAUAAACGCUUUGAUAUUUAUGACUAAAUGCUCUGAUGUAAUAAGAGGCUUAUUUAUUAAAACAGAGCGAAACCUGUGCACAGUGCGAGGCAGCGUUGGUGGGACGUCUGAGCCUGGUCUGGGCAUGAGGACACUCGUGCCACACCAUAUUGUGGACAGUUUUGUUAAACAUUUUUAUAUCUCCACAAACAUGACGCUCAGUUUUUUCCCCUGUGUUCACAUUUCAAAUAAAAUGUCUAAAAUGG